UUCGAGUUCGCAAUCGAAACCACCAGACAAACAUCCAACAUGUCCGUCACAUUACAUACGAAUCUCGGCGACCUCAAGAUCGAAGUCUUCUGCGAGAGCGUCCCAAAAACAGCAGAGAAUUUCCUCGCCCUCUGCGCAUCACACUACUACGACGCCUCCCCCUUCCACCGCCUCAUCCCGAAAUUCAUGGCCCAGACCGGCGGUCCCGCGCACCCCUCCCCGCCCGACAACCCAAAGGGCGGCCGCUCCAUCUGGGGCGGCGUCUUUGACGACGAGAUCCGUCCGGCCCUCAAGCACGGCGCGCGCGGCGUCGUGUCCAUGGCCAAUAAAGGGCCCGGCACAAACGGCUCGCAGUUUUUCGUGCUCUUUGACAAGGCGCCGCACCUGGAUGGGCUCAAUACCGUGUUUGGGCGGAUCAUUGGCGACGAUAGCACCGUUACGCUGGGCAAGAUUGAGGCGGUCGAGGUGGAUCGGAAGAAUCGGCCCAAGGAGCCGGUUGUGAUUGAGAGGGUUACUGUUCAUGCGAAUCCGCUUGCUGGGUGAGAGAGAGAGAGAGAGAGAGAGAGAGAGAGAGAGAGACAGGGGUUGGUGUGUUGAGGAUCGUGAGGGAAUAUGAAGAAGGGAGGUUUCGUGUAUGGCUUCCGUGGGGGAAGGGGGCCGGCCAUUGGGAGGGAAAGGGCCCCUGAAAAGCUAUGAUACCCGUACGUCAAACGGUUCAAGACUGUCCUGACGGCACACAAUUGUUUAGAUGAAAAGAAAGGACUUUUGCUUUUGCCAACCCUCUCGCUCGGCCAGCUAGGGGCGACCUGUUGUAUCCUGUAAGGGGCCUAGCCGGCGUGUCUGAUGCUGAGUUCAGGUUGCCAGGCAAGAGAGUGACUGAGAGCUUUACCGAGGCCUUGGAAGAUGAAGGACCCGCGAGUCCAGAGUUUGAAGAACCGGGGGAAGCAGUAGAGGCCAGUUCUGCACUGUGGUUCUUUCGGUUCUUCACCUCACUUCUACCAAUGGUACAUCAUCUCAUAAAGUAAACCCG